UGGUCGAUCCAAUUCGUUCGGACAUUAGGAUACAAAUCGUAAUUCGAUGACAAUUUUCAUAGGUAUAAGGCCGCCUACAGACAUUAUUCCAUGACAGUUGGUCUAAAAAUAAAAUAUGAUCAUGAGAGUGGUCAAUAUUCGUUCCCCUCUAUAUAAGCCUCCAAGUAGCUAAAGAAUCCUUCUCGGCCUGAUAGAAAUAUCGAGCAGCAGUUCCAUUCCAUUUUUUAGAAAAUGGCGUUGACAUCCACCAUCAUCUCAACAUUUCUCUCUUUGAUGAUAUUGGCGCUUGUUCUUGAUGUGAAUGCUGGUGGAAUCGCCAUCUACUGGGGACAGAGUCAGAACGAGGGAACGCUGGGCGAGACAUGCGCCUCUGGAGACUACCGUUUUGUCAACCUGGCCUUCCUGGCGACUUUUGGGAAUGGCCAGACUCCCAUGAUCAACCUCGCUGGCCACUGUGACCCCUACAGCCAUGGAUGCACAGGUUUGAGCUCUGACAUUAAGUCCUGCCAGGCGAAGGGGAUCAAGGUGAUGCUCUCGAUAGGAGGAGCUGCUGGGAGCUACUCUCUCACCUCCUUGAAGGAUGCAAAGCAGGUCGCAACGUACCUUUGGAAUAAUUUCUUGGGGGGCAAGUCUUCUUCCCGUCCCCUGGGCAAUGCUGUCCUUGACGGGAUUGACUUUGACAUCGAAGGAGGAAACGGGAUGUACUGGGACGAUCUCGCCAGGUACCUGUCUGGAUACAGCAAAAGUGGGAAGAAGGUAUACCUCACUGCAGCUCCUCAGUGUCCUUUCCCAGACGCAUACAUUGGAGGUGCACUUAAGACAGGCCUAUUCGAUUACGUCUGGAUCCAGUUCUACAACAACCCUCCGUGCCAGUACAGCUCCGGGAGUGCAACUGACUUGGAAGACUACUGGAAGAAGUGGACUUCAAUUCCCACCGCUAAAAUAUUCCUGGGGUUGCCUGCAGCGCCUGAUGCAGCAGGAAGUGGCUUCAUUCCCGUGCACCAUCUGACUUCCAAAGUGCUCCCAGCUCUCAAGGGUACUUCCAAGUAUGGAGGAGUGAUGCUGUGGUCGAAGUACUACGACGACCACACCGGAUACAGCAAAGCCAUCAAGAAUAAUGUCUGAAAUAUACUAUGUUAUUGUCUGUCUUCAUGUGAC